UUUACCAGCGCCGUGUACGGCCGCCCGAUCCCCGGCAACGUCGUCAACCAGCAGAACGUCGCGACACCCGGCCAGCCCGGCGCCUACGGCCACUUCUCCUACUUCAUCAACUCGGACAAGGAGAUCAUCUGCUACGACAUCCGCACCGUCGGCGUCACGGGCGAGUACGACUCGCCCGCCGCCACGGCGACGCACAUCCACGAGGCGGCCGCCGGGCAGAACGGCCCGCCGCGCAUCGCGUUCCCGAACCCGCAGUUCACGCGCAAGAACCACCUCGGCGAGGAGAUCCGCGAGAGCAAGGGCUGCCUCAAGGGCCCCUUCCGCACGGGCCUCGCGCCCACGGGCACCGACACGGGCUCCGCGUCGGGCUUCACGCUCAAGCAGCUCGAGCAGAACCCGGGUAACUUCUUCACCGACACGCACACCGAGGCCUUCACCGCCGGCGCCAUCCGCGCGCAGCUG